GGAAACAUACAUUCCCUUUCGCAAGUCGGAAAAUCGGUCAACCAAAGGAUAAAAGUGCGGGUAGUGCAACGGUUUUUAAAGUGCCUGUGCUGACGCGUUAUUCCGCGAGUGUCGCAGACGAAGUGACAAGGGCUUGUAUUUGCUUGCGAGAGGUCAUCAAUAAUUCCAUCGAGUGGAUUUUUUCAGUCCAUCAUCGAGUUUUGAGUAUUUUUUCCCCAGGUUGUUAUAUUUAAAUUGUUACGUUUGUCCAAGUUCGAUCGGUUCCCGGGUUGUGUUCGACUCCAUGCAAGUCUCUCCGUGCAAUCCUCUCGUGUCGGCGUCGCGCCCCGAAGAUUUUAGUCGGCCCGGAAUUUUUCCCGCUCAAGAAAAAGCAUGAAGGUGUGCAAAUGCUCCCCGAAAUUCGUCGCCCGUAAAGUGUUUUGUUCGGUUCACCGCCCGUUACACUCGAAAAGCAAAAGGAGGAACUUGGAAAUAAUGCUCAUGCACUUUCCGCUCAAGUAUGAUUAAGUGGUUGUUGUUCCUGAUGAUCUUGACGUCCAGCCUGGCUUUCGAUUGGAGUGAAAAUUUCGUGUUCCAGGAUUUCAACAAGGAUACCAGCGACCUGUACAUCAAUUACAACGGGAUUUCGGCCAAACAAAGCAUCACCAAAUCAAAAAUCAAAGGAAAAAGCGUUUCAACCAUGUUGCGACAGCUCAGUGACGGUUCACGCUUCGUCCAGAUGGUCUACGGCCCGGACGGACUACUGCAAGACUGCGAAUACUUAAAACAGAAGAAAGUCAUCAAAAAAUUUCUCAGCACUUUUCAAGACAUUCUAGAAUCAAAGACAAAUAUAACUUACUUAAAAAGCUAUCAAAAGUUACCUAGCGAUAUUAACAACUGGCUGAGCUAUAAAAAACUGAGGCAUCAGUGCAAAAAAAGCCAUCAGAAAAUUUUAAAAAUGUCAAAGCAACGAUUCGAAAAGCUGCCACCGACAACGACGACCACGGAGCCACCACCAGAAUCCGAAUUCGAAAGGAUGAAGAGAGGCCUGCAAAGGCUGGGCAUAAUGCCGGGAACUAAAUGGUGCGGACAUAGGAACGUGGCCGAUUCCCAACGGCAGCUCGGUGGAUUCACCUCGACGGAUCGCUGCUGCCGGGAGCACGACGGCUGCCAGCUCACCAUCCCGGGUCUCUCCACGAAAUUCAACGUCUUCAACCUCAGUCCCUUCACCCUCAGCUUCUGCGGCUGCGAUCUCAAGUUCAGAUCAUGCUUGAAGAUGGCUGACACGGGUAUUUCGAGUCUGGUCGGUCAGCUGUUUUUCAAUGUCGUCCAAAAGAGGUGUUUCGUGCUGAAAAAAGAAAAGGUUUGCGUCAAGCGAACCUGGUGGGGAAAAUGCAGUCGUGUCGAGUACGUGAACCAAGCCAUCGUUCGAAAUAACUCCGUAUUCUGAAAAGCCAAAAAGACGUUCUUCCUUACGAAAUAUUAAUUUUAUUAAUUUAUUGUAUUUAUUUUGUUAAUAAAUUCGCCCAAAGAGAGUGAUUGUAUAUAUUUUACUGCUAGAUACCUGGUAUCUAUUGAAAUAUAUGUAUAUGAAAACGUCUUCGUUUUGUAUCAUGUUCAGCUAAUUGAUCAAAAUCGGAAAAAUGCAAAAAUGAUUUUUUCCCCUUUUUUCCCUGAAAUUAAAGAGAAUUUAUUGGAUAGUUAAAACUGUUAAUGGUUUGAGAAAAAAUUUAGGCAUCCCGCCAAUGAGUGUCGUACAGAAAACGUGAUGAUUCAAUUUUUUUAAUCCAAUCGAUUUUUUUGCAUUGUGCUUUCUUCUGAGCAUCUCUGUGUGUCACCUGCAUACCAAACACAUACUCACUUCCAUUCAGCAAAAAUUAAUUACCUCUGUCAAAAGUAUUCACCUGAAAGUGUUAUUUUGUCGUGUGUAAGAAUAACACACAAAUAAAACCCGAACAUUUUAGAAAAAAGAUAAAUAAAGAGAAUUGGUACCAACACAAUUACCUAAAGCAAAAACCACACAUCAAGACCCAUGGGACUUCUCAGGGUGGUUUCAAUCCCUUUGUCAACCAGGCAACAGAAAAGCGAAAA